AAAACCAUGACAAAUUUUCGAAUAGAAACUUGUCAAGACAUGAAUCACAGGUUGAGACUUAUCAAGAUUUUAAUACAGACCCUUUCGCUUACAAGAACACGACGAUGAUGGAAGGUACUGCUAAUUAUAGUAUGUUCAUCAAUGCUGGAACAAAGUUUGAUGCGGCUUGGUCAAGUGAUUGUCCGUCAGGUCAAUCCAUCCGGCAUAUCAGCAGCGUUCAUAGCAACUGGCAUGAAGAUCGUUCAUGGACCUGGUCUGGGUAUGUAAAUUCGUUUGACCAAGAUCUUCUCUACCAAUGUGCAACUGGAGUUGCUGGUGCGAGGUCUUAUCACAGCAAUUGUUAUUGGACUGGCUAUGUGAACAGUUGGGAUGGUUACUUGAGCUAUACCGUUCCAUCAUAUUAUUAUCCUGUUGGCGUACAAAGUUACCAUACACAGCAAUUUUAGAGAAGACAGGAGAUGGAGAUUCCUCGUAUGUUGAUCGAUCUUGAUGAA